GCCCCUCAGUACCCACCUCCGGCCGCCCGCGACUCAGGCCUCGUCCCCUUUCGGGCACUGCCGCUGAGGCUCCGCCCCCCAGGCCGGCUGGCGGCCUACACGUAGAGGGGAGCGCGCUGGCCCCGCCUCCCGGCUCGGAGCUCAUUGGUCCGCGCCGGCGUCGAGGGCAGAGGAGGCGGGGCGGCGCGGGGCCGAGCAGGACGGCCGCCAUCUUGCGCGGAGCGGGAGUCGGAGCCCGGGUCUGCUGCCGAGAGUGCGCGCGACCCCUUGGUCUAGCCUCGCCGUGGCUCUGGCCCUUCGGAGUGCUCUCCCAUCGCCUCUCUACGGCCGUCCGCGGCCAGGCCCAUCCCCCGACCCUCAACCCUCAAGCCCUCAGCCCCUCAGCCCGGCCCGGUCCGGCCUCCCCGCGGGGUCACGCGGCCGCCCGGGGGACGAUGAACGGAGGAUAAAUGGUGCCCAAGGCAGACAGCGGUGCCUUCCUGCUGCUCUUCCUGCUCGUGCUCACCGUCACCGAGCCGCUGCGGCCAGAACUGAGGUGCAACCCUGGGCAGUUUGCCUGUCGCAGCGGUGCCAUCCAGUGCAUCCCGCUACGGUGGCAGUGUGACGGCAGGGCUACUUGUGAGGAUCGGAGUGACGAAGCCGACUGUCCAGAAGUGAUUGGGGAGGCGCGUCCUUACCAUGGGAAGGAGGCUGUGGAUCCCCGGCAGGGGUGGGCCAGAGGAGGCGACGCCACACACUUCCACUCGGUGAAUGUGGCCCAGCCCGUCCGCUUCAGCAGGAAGUGCCCCACCGGGUGGCACCACUACGAAGGCACGGCCAGCUGCUACCGUGUCUACCUGAGCGGGGAGAACUACUGGGAUGCCUUGCAGACCUGCCAGCGUGUCAACGGGUCCCUCGCCACCUUCUCCACUGACCAGGAGCUGCGCUUUGUCCUGGCCCAGGAGUGGGACCAGCCUGAACGAAGCUUUGGUUGGAAGGACCAGCGCAAGCUAUGGGUGGGCUAUCAGUAUGUCAUCACCGGCCGGAACCGCUCCUUAGGUCGCUGGGAGGUGGCAUUCAAAGGGUCCUCGGAGGUGGUCAUGCCGCCAGACUCCAUCUUGUCCUCGGCCCUGUCUGAGAGCGACGGUGUGUUCUGCGCCCAGCUCCAGUGCUUCCACUUCCCCAUCCUGCGGCACCAUGACCUCCACAGCUGGCACGCCGAGAGCUGCUACGAGAAGUCCUCGUUUCUGUGCAAGAGAAGUCAGACGUGCGUGGACAUCAAGGACAAUGUGGUGGACGAAGGCUUCUAUUUCACCCCCAAGGGGGAUGACCCAUGCCUGAGCUGCACCUGCCACAGAGGCGAGCCUGAGAUGUGCGUGGCUGCCCUCUGCGAGCGGCCCCAGGGCUGCCAGCAGUACCGCAAGGACCCCAAGGAGUGCUGCAAGUUCAUGUGUCUGGACCCAGAUGGCAACAGCCUGUUCGACUCCAUGGCCAGCGGGAUGCGCCUGGUUGUCAGCUGCAUCUCCUCCUUCCUCAUCCUCUCGCUGUUGCUUUUCAUGGUUCAUCGGCUGCGCCAGAGGCGUCGGGAACGCAUCGAGUCCCUGAUUGGAGCAAACUUGCACCACUUCAACCUCGGCCGGAGGAUCCCUGGUUUUGAUUACGGCCCCGAUGGGCUGGGCACAGGCCUUACCCCGCUGCACCUUUCUGAUGACGGAGAAGGCGGGACGUUCCACUUCCACGACCCUCCUCCUCCCUACACGGCUUACAAGUACCCAGACAUUGACCAGCCAGAUGACCCACCACCACCCUACGAGGCCUCCAUUAACCCGGACAGUGUUUUCUACGACCCUGCAGAUGACGACGCCUUCGAGCCUGUGGAGGCCAGCCUGCCUGCCCUGGGGGAUGCCAGCUCUGACGGUAUCAUGCCUCAGCACCUGGAGCAGCCCUUGCCCCCUCCAGGAUCCUCCCUGGCAGAUCUGGAAGACUCUGUCGACAGCAGCAGUGCCCUGCUCGUGUCCCCUGCCCCUGCUCCAGGCGGGAGCACCCCGGUCUCAGAGGCACUGCCAGUAGGUGGGCAGCACAGCCGCAGCCCCCUCAACACCAUGGUGUAGAUGGCCUGGCCCACAGCCCCUGUGGGCUGGGAGCGCCUGUUGGCUAUGAGAAGAAACUGACCCCUGCAGGGGCUCGGAGGGACCGCCGCACCGCUGCGCACCCGGCAGGCAUGCGUGUGUACAUAGACCAGGAGCAGCCUUUCUCCGAGGGCAGUGAGCAGCUGCACCGAGUUUCCUUGAGAGCUUCAAACACAGGCACUGCCCUGGGUCACUGUCUCUGAGUGGCAGGAGAAGGAUCAGGUGGGUUCAGAUCACACGUGGCCGAGGUGCAGUACUAAGAAGGCACUGUUUGCGGCCGUGGCCAAGACACACACGUCCUUGGUGGAAUGGGGGCUUAUGGGCUUUAAUCGCCACCCUGGGAAA